AUGGCUGGAGAACAACCAUCCGAACAGUCUACGGUCAAGCCUGUGGCAUCAGAGACUGAGAAUAUAGAACGCUUUGCCGAACACGUCAACGAGCGGAAGAGAAAGCGUAAUCUAUGGGGUCAAUACGUGGACGAGCAGUCACGCAGGAAGUGUGAUGGAGAGAAACCUGUUCAUACACCAGAUCUUUCUGUGUCUACCAAGUCGAAGGGAACACAGACUGAUGAUACGCCUUAUGUCAAAGAGCCGGACGUUGAUGGAAGCACAAAAAUGGACGAAAGCACGAAAGUUGAUGGCUCCACUGGAAGUGAUGACAAGGACGUGAAAGAGGAGAGCGUGAAGCUGUCCAGCGAGGGUGGAGACGAAGAUGGGUUCGUCAAGACGCCUUGCGUUGGUGGAGUACCCGAGGAGCAGGAUAAUAUGGACUUGUACGAGCCGUAA